AUGGGGAAGGUGGAGCUGCCCAGGGACAUCAAAGGAGGAGGUUUGAAGCUUGGAUUGUUGGGAAGUGAUCUUUCGGUCCUCUGUCAUUCUGAUGUGUGGGUAAUGAAGGAAUAUGGAGUUAAAGCAUCUUGGACAAAACUGUAUACCAUCACGUAUCCUGAGAACUAUAAUCUUUCUCUGCCCCUUUUCACGUAUAAUAAAGGUGAAAUUUUGCUCGCGUUUAAAUCAACUUUCGCGAUAUACGAUCCAAAGAAUGACUCUAUCACAUAUCCAGAGGUUACUAGUAUUUACGAGUAUAUGGAUGCGGAACUCUUCAUCGAAAGCCUAGUUUGUCCGGAUUUACCAAACGAAGAUUGGAAGAUGUUAGAACUCAGGUGA